UAUUAAGAUGCCAAGAAAAAUCCAAGACGCCUGACUCUAGCUGGUUCCACAAACAUUAUGUCUCCUUUGCAAGUCCUUGUCAUCUUUGUGGCGGGCCUGCCUGCCUUCUUGGCAGAAGCAACAACCGUCUUCACUCACAGUGCAGUUCUUGACACACAGGGGAAGUUUCGCCUACGAUGGUUCUUCGACGAAGCUAGCAUCACAUUUGAAGCCACCGCGGAAACCAGAGGAUAUGUAGCGCUGGGAUUCUCUCCAAAUGGCGGCAUGGCCAACUCUGACAUUGUGAUUGGCUGGGUGGAGGACGGGCGUGCAGAGUUGGAAGACCGCUAUGCACACGAAAAGUCACAGCCAGUCCUGGACGCCAAGCAGGACUGGACGCUGCACGAAGCACAAGAGAACGGUACUCACACCACCAUGCGGUUCAGCAGAAAACUGCAGACAUGUGAUUCCUCGGAUAGAGACAUCCAGAAAGGAACGACCAGAGUGAUUUGGGCAUACCACCCGGAUGACCCUGACCCCGGGAGGGGACCGCUCUACCACGAGAGCCGCCGAGGGACCUCCAGUCUCAACCUGCUGGACCCCCCUGCACCGCCACAAUGGGAUAGUCCUGAGGACGUCUUGACGUUCGAUGCUUUAACAGACAACGUUCAUGUACCACCUAGAGACACUACAUACUGGUGUACCGCUCUCAGGAUGCCACCAAUGGACAGGAAACAUCACAUCAUAAAGAUGGAAGCUAUCAUCCAGCCUGGGCACGAGAGACUUGUGCAUCACAUAGUUCUCUUCCAGUGUAAACACGAUGGGAACGAGAGUUUGAGUCACCUGUCAAGCCCUCGCUGUGGUUCCGUCAGAAGGUCCUUAGAUUGCGGACGCACUCGUUUUCUGGUGGCCUGGGCAGUCGGUGGCAAUGAUCUGUAUUUGCCCGAAGAUGUUGGACUACCCGUAGGUGAUGAUGAUGGCAACGUUUUAGUACUGCAGAUUCACUACGACAAUCCAAACCUGAGAGACGACCUGUACGACAGUUCCGGAAUCCGGAUCCACUACACGCCGGUACUGCGUACCCAUGACGGAGGCGUGCUGCAGAUCGGGGCAGAGGUCAGUCCCACCAUGAUGAUACCGCCUGGAGCAGACAGGUUUAACGUGUACGCGUACUGCAGUUCAUCCUGUCUCCAAGAGGUACAUGUAUGUUUUGUUUUUGGCAACGCCUGCAUGGCCAUUUUAGCAACGUUUCCGAUUCAUUUAGGACGGUCCAUUCGAGACCGCCACUACAGAAAUGGCAAAGAGCUGAAACCAAUCAACGGCAACGACGCUUAUGACUUCAAUUACCAGCAAACAACAUACCUGAAACCAUAUGUGAAGCUGUUACCGGGCGACGCCCUGGUGUUGGAGUGUGGAUACGAAACAAAAGGUCGUCACAACAUGACUUAUGGCGGUCGCGGGACCUGGGAGGAGAUGUGUAUGGACUUCCUCCUCUACUACCCAAAGAUAGACCUGGACGGGUGUGGAAGUGAACCGAACGCUCAGGACCUGGCCGCGUUCUUUGGGGUUCACAACUUCACGUACACGUACCACUAUGACGUCAUCAUAACUGGGCCCGAAGACCACCCCUUCGUCAACAAGUCUUUAUUCGAGGCUGCGCAUGCACACGGGUGGACAGAGGAUGAGAUUCGAACGUUUGAGGAACACAACCGACACAUGCCGCAUCGUAUGGUGUGUGAGGCAAAGGCACAUUUUCAGGCUCAUGAGCAACUUGAGGAUCCACCAACGUUUGAGCCUUUGAUUGAGCCAACGGACAACCCUUGCGAAGAGGAUACCAACAGCAGAGCAAACUUAUUAAGCACGUCGCAAGCGUUUACCGUUUCUUUGAUAUGCAUCGUACCAACUGUGCUGGCUUGGAUAUAAAUUACUUCAGUGUGACAAAGUUUGGAUUCAGUACAGCAGUGACACAGCCAAUGAUAACAUGGCAAUUAACGGUUCGACCAAUGAGAGAGUGGUUGCAUGUCCAUCAAAAUAUUUUCUUGAGACGCCGUUAAACGUCCAAGACUAGACCAAUCCCUGAAGCCCUGCAAGACCACCUGCGUCAAAAUGUAACAUGCAAAUAUUUGAUAGACAUGCAGCACCCCUGUCAUUGGUCGAACUGUCAUUGCGAAGCUAGGAUUGGCUGAAAUGCUAAUUAUGAUGGACAGUUAGCUAUAGGAUCUGUCGAUUUGACGAACGUCUCAGCGAUCUUCCAAUACUCUAUUGAUGAUAUUUCAUUGAUCUUCAAAGCCUGUCAUGCAACAUCUGAUCUUCAUGUGUGUGGAAGCAAGUCAGUUUUCUGCAGUACGCAUGGCGUACGCAUGGAGGCAUCAGUACUCAACCAACUUGUGUCACUACCAAAGGGCUGGUAACUAUUACACAUUCAGUACAUAGAAGGUCAAAUAUUGUAAUACGCAAUAACCACUUGUACAUGUACUUUAUACUUAAAAUGAUGUGUAGAUUAACUAAAUCUGAAUAUUCUAAAUGUUCAAAGAACAGCAUGACCAAAUAUUAAAUGAAAAGGGUACAGCCUAUCACAUACGUUAUCACUACGUCAUCAAGGUAGGUAGUCCCCAUUUCUUCUUCUGCCUUUAAGGAGACAUCUGUGUAGCCUAACGUACGGUAUCAGACGUUAGCAGAGUAAGGGGUGACGCGAGUACUGGAGUAGGGCACGAGAGGCGGGCACAAUAGGCGGUCACCACAGGCGGACUGUACCAUUUCAUGUGCGGGGGAGGGGCAAUAUCUGAAAUUCAAUGCCGUGUCCCGUUACACACAUUUUUGCCUACUCGCUGCCCCUCUAUUACAUUACAAAGCACGGAAACAUAAUUUUUUUGCCAAAUAUUUUUGGGAGUAUUUUGUAAAUUACGUAAAUUAUGAUCAUAUCCGAUAGGAUUACAAUGGGGCAUUUGCAAUGUGUCAAGCAGGUUUGAUUUAACCUCAUGAUUAUAUGGAGAAAUGGAAGCUUUUCCGAAGGGUAACAUUUUA